AUGGUACCCGGAUCAAUUGGCCAGGAUGUAGUGGAUGCUAGUAUUGGCAAAGUGAACCAGAUCAAAUUGUUUGCCGAUGACUUAGGUUUUCUAUUUAGACUGGCAUUAGUUGAAAGUAAUUUCGGUCAAAAUGCACAUACAUUUGCUAAYAAUAAUAAUAGCAWGAAAAACACUGAUCAGCAAAAUAUAUGGUCAAUAGAUGAGGAAAAAUUUGAUGAAACACAAGACAUUGUCAAACAUCCGGAAUUGUUUAAGAUUUACUAUGAAUUGGCCGAUAAAUAUGAUAUCGAUUGGCAAUCAAUGGAUUUAGACGAUAUGCAAAAACCAAUGUACGCGGCAUUGGCUGCUAAAAUGUUUUUGAAUUUAACCGGACAGCCUAUACCCGAAACAGUAGAGGACCAGGCUCAGUAUUGGAAACAACAUUAUUCAACCGRUGCUACUGUCGAUGAUGUUCAACAAUUUGUCCGGGAUGUCUACAAAAUUGAAGAUCUAUUUGAAUGUACGCCACAUAUUAAUCUAUGUUAUGUAUUGGACGGAUCCAAUAGUAUUUAUCCCAACGAUUUUGAAAUGGCUAAAGAGUUUCUCUAUAAGGUUACCGAAAAACUUAGUUCACAAAACGGUCAAUUUUGUUUAGUAGUAUUUUCAACUACUGUUGAAACGGUAUUUGAUUUUCAAGAAUCAGAUAAAUCAAAGAGAUUGGARAAAAUAAAAAAUCUAAUACAUCCGAGAGGUAUGACCAACACUCGGGACGGUAUUCAGCGAACCGUCGACAUUAUGAAGGCGUCGAAAACUUUUCCCUAUAAGACAAUGUUUGUGUUGACWGACGGCGAGUCUAACUAUCCGCCCGGUGUUCAGCCGGCUGUAGGCAAUGCUCAGACAGAAAAUAUCAGAAGUUGGGUCUGGGGUGUCGGCUCUGGUGUUAAAGUUACCGAACUGAUUGAAAUAGCCUACAAUUUACCGGAAAAUGUCAAACAAUUAACAAAAUUCAGUUCAAUGCUUAGCUUUUUAUAUGAUUUCAAAAAAGCUGUUUGCGCUGAACCRUUGUUAUUGAAAAUUGGCGAUAUUUUUUACGAUACGAGUAUUAAAGCGGAAAAACGAUACUAUGAAUUGGAUUUACCGACAACUGGUAACGGYAUYAGCCUAUCCSUACAGACAACUACUGGCAAACUAAUUGGUUAUUAUGCAUACAGUACUAUACAUCCAUCGUCGGCACAUUUAGACGGCCAAUUUACUGACAAUAUUAACAUACCCGUCCAUACUAACGGUAAAGUCUAUGUGGCUAUUGAAGGCCAGAAAACAGCUAACGCUUAUAGUAUUUUAGCGACUAAUGCUUAA